AUGGCAGUGACCACCCAACCUGGCAGUUAUGCACCCUCUGACUUCCAGUCUGGCCUGUGCGAUUUCUUUGAUGACUGUGGGACGUGCUGUUAUGGGCUAUGGUGUUUCCCCUGCAUGGGCUGUUCCAUAGCCAGCGACAUGAACGAGUGCUGUCUGUGUGGGAUAUCCAUGGCGAUGCGCAGCGUGUACAGGACCAGAUACAACAUCAGGGGCUCCUUGUGUAAAGACUUCCUGGUCAACGCCUUCUGUCUGGUUUGCUCGACCUGCCAGCUGAAGAGGGACAUUGAGAAGAGAAAGGAACAGGGGAUCUUCUGA